AUCUUGGAUGGUCCCAUGCGGUCGAGCCCCCAGCCGUACUCCUCUUUGUUCAGCCACACAGAGAUGGAACAUGAAGUGGCCUGCUUGGACAUCACCCCACUGGGGGACGGCAAUGGGCUGUCCCCUCUUUGUGCCAUUGGCCUCUGGACAGACAUCUCGGCGCGUAUCUUGAAGCUGCCCUCUUUUGAGCUACUGCACAAAGAGAUGCUGGGUGGAGAGAUCAUUCCUCGUUCCAUCCUGAUGACCACUUUUGAGAGUAGCCACUACCUCCUUUGUGCCUUGGGAGAUGGGGCGCUUUUCUACUUUGGGCUCAACAUUGAGACAGGCCUGUUGAGCGACCGUAAGAAGGUGACUCUGGGCACCCAGCCCACGGUAUUGAGGACUUUCCGUUCUCUUUCUACUACCAACGUCUUUGCUUGCUCUGACCGCCCCACUGUCAUCUACAGCAGCAACCACAAAUUGGUCUUCUCCAAUGUCAACCUCAAGGAAGUCAACUACAUGUGUCCCCUCAACUCUGAUGGCUAUCCUGACAGCCUGGCACUGGCCAACAACAGCACCCUCACCAUUGGCACCAUCAAUGAGAUCCAGAAGCUGCACAUCUGCACAGUUCCCCUCUACGAGUCUCCCAGGAAGAUCUACUAUCAGGAAGUGUCCCAGUGCUUCGGGGUCCUCUCCAGCCGGAUCAAAGUCCAGGACACAAGUGGCGGCACAACGGCCCUGAGGCCCAGUGCCAGCACCCAGGCCCUGUCCAGCAGCGUCAGCUCCAGCAAGCUGUUCUCCAGCAGCACGGCACCGCACGAGACCUCCUUUGGAGAAGAGGUGGAGGUGCACAAUCUCCUCAUCAUCGACCAGCACACCUUCGAAGUGCUUCAUGCCCACCAGUUCCUGCAGAAUGAGUAUGCCCUCAGCCUGGUCUCCUGCAAGCUGGGCAAAGACCCCAACACAUACUUCAUCGUGGGCACGGCCAUGGUGUAUCCUGAAGAGGCGGAGCCCAAGCAGGGUCGAAUCGUGGUCUUUCAGUAUUCUGAUGGAAAACUACAGACCGUGGCCGAGAAGGAAGUGAAAGGAGCCGUGUACUCCAUGGUGGAAUUCAACGGCAAGCUGUUAGCCAGCAUCAACAGCACGGUGCGGCUUUAUGAGUGGACAACAGAAAAGGAGCUUCGUACCGAGUGCAAUCACUACAACAACAUCAUGGCCCUCUACCUGAAGACCAAGGGCGACUUCAUCCUGGUGGGCGACCUGAUGCGCUCAGUGCUGCUGCUUGCCUACAAGCCCAUGGAGGGGAACUUUGAAGAGAUUGCUCGAGACUUUAAUCCUAACUGGAUGAGUGCUGUGGAAAUCUUGGAUGAUGACAAUUUCCUGGGGGCUGAAAAUGCCUUUAACUUGUUUGUGUGUCAGAAGGAUAGCGCUGCCACCACUGACGAGGAGCAGCAACACCUCCAGGAUGUCGGUCUCUUCCACCUGGGCGAGUUCGUCAACGUCUUUUGCCACGGCUCCCUGGUCAUGCAGACCACCCCCACGCAGGGCUCGGUGCUCUUUGGCACAGUCAACGGCAUGAUCGGGCUGGUGACCUCGCUGUCAGAGAGCUGGUACAACCUCCUGCUGGACAUGCAGAAUCGGCUCAAUAAAGUCAUCAAGAGUGUGGGCAAGAUUGAGCACUCCUUCUGGAGAUCUUUUCAUACUGAGCGAAAGACAGAACCAGCCACGGGCUUCAUCGAUGGAGACUUGAUCGAGAGUUUCCUGGACAUCAGCUGGCCCAAGAUGCAGGAGGUUGUGGCAAACCUACAGUAUGAUGAUAGCAGCGGGAUGAAGCGAGAGGCCACAGCAGAUGACCUGAUCAAGGUUGUGGAGGAGCUGACGCGGAUCCAUUAGCCCAGGGCUGGUAGCCCCUUUCCCAGGCCCUCCCCGAAGGCUUUGCUCUCCUGCCCUGCUCCCCUCCCCCACCAUUGUCUUCUCGGCUGUGGGAAGCCUUUCCCUAAGCUAGCUGUCCCAGAAGCCACAGUCUAUCUGUGUGGAAAUGGGGAUUUCUUUGAACUAAAACCAGUUCACUGGAGACCUGGGAAUGGGGUGAAGGUGGAAUAUUUUCUCCCUGGAUUUUUACCAGUCCCAGAGGAUUCCAACCAUCACUUUGGACACCAAGCCUUGAUUGGUGUUGCCAGUUGUCCUCCUUCCAGGGAGGGAUUUUGCAGCUCUUGGGCUGAAAGGAAGCUCUGUGUGUGUGCUGUGUGUGUGUGUGUGUGCGUGCGUGCUUGCGUCUCUCACACUCAUGCGUUGUCCUCUGCUAUC